ACUUGGGAUUUUAACUGAGAACGCGAAUGAGUAAAAACCACGGGUGAACGAAACCCAGAAGCCACGGGCUUGACCAAUGUCUGCAACAAAAAAGGCAUCGGAAGCUUGAGCUGCAGAGAAAGUAGAGAAUGAAAUCAGACAGAACCCUUUUAAAAUUACAGGUAAAGUCACAAUCUUAGCCAGAUAACUCUCUGAUGGUUCCUCUUCAUCUGCCCAACUGAACGCACUCAUAUAUGUACAUGUAUCCGUAUGUUCCGGCACUGCGGAAGCAGGAUUAUGCGAAACCCUAGAGUGACGUCUCUUCUCAAAUGGGUUUCUGGAACAUCUGCGGAAAACGAGCUUAAACCCUAUAAAACCCUAGUUUCAGGAUCUGGGUUUAGGUGUAUUGCUCAAAACCCUAGGUUUUUCGCCACUAGGAGAUUCUCUGAAUCCGGAGAGAUUGUUAAUGGUAUCCGAAUUAGGCCCUCUGUUCGUAAAAAAGCCGAGGCUGCCUUCUUUGAUUACUUUUAUGUCACUAAGGGUUUUCCGUUUCUAGUUGCUGAGUGUAUGAGCAGAACCGCUCCUGCAUUUCUUGAGAAUCCUCUGAAGAAGCUCAAUGCUCGUGCUGAUAUUGGGAAAUCCAUCUCCGAAUACUUGUUGUUUCACCCGAUGAACGAGUUCGUGAUAUUCUUUGAGAGCUUAGGUUUGAAGCAGACUGAAUACCGCAAUCUGCUUCCCGGUGAUAAGAUGUUCUUGGAUGAAGAUUAUCUCAUGUUAGAGAAUUACCAUAUUUUGUAUAACUAUGGGAUUGCCCACGAGAAGAUCGGGAAGAUUUACAAGGAAGCUACCGAAAUUUUUGGGUACAAAAACGGGGCUUUAGCAUCUAAGAUUGGAGCUUAUGAGGAUCUGGGGCUUAGCAAAACAUGUGUAUCCAAACUUAUGGUCUGUAGUCCGAGUGUCUUGAUCGGGGAUAGGAAUGUAGAACUUGCUAAUGUUAUAGAGAUUCUGAAAUCCAUUGGGUUUGACGACAAUUGGUUAGAGGAGAGAUUGUUGGAGGAUGAACCUUAUGAUUGGAGUAUCGUGCUUCGAACUAUGAACUUGCUUAGAGAGAUCGGUUUCGACAAAGAUGAGCUAUGUGGGUUAAUCAGGAAGCAUCCAAGACUCAUUUUUGAGAGUUCAGGUGAUUGGACACUGAUACUGGUGGGGUUUCAGACCAAACUUGGGUCAUCUAAAACUGAGAUUCAAUCUUUAUUUCAGACACUGCCCCAGAUUGAGGUAGGGAAAUUCGUUUCAAAUCUAAGGGGUUGCUUUCUGUUACUAAACGAGCUUGAGAUGAAGCCUGGUCAAAUCGGUAAGAUUUUUCAUACCCACUCCUGGUGGCUUGGUACCUGCAUUUUGAAGAGUUGUCUGACCCUGAUCAAUAACUUGAAUGCGGGAAAAAGACGAAUUUGUCAAGUUAUCCUAGAAAACCCAGAGGAAAUGAAGAAAUGGACUCUGCUGUCAGAAAUCCAGCGGCUACCUCGCUCCGAGGAGAAGAUCAAGUCGGAAAAGAUGAAGAUUCAGUUCUUAUUGGGCAUCCAAUACGUAGAGGACUUGAAAGACAUAGACAGAGCAUUCAAGGACUUCCGUUGCAAGGGAUCUGAACUCCGAAAGCGAUAUGAUUUCAUCGUGAGUUUGGGUCUGAACGAGAAGGAUGUCAGGAAAAUGGUUAAAGCACGACCUCAGAUUCUCAACCGAGGGACUGACAUCAUCCAGGCAAAGGUGGAUUACCUCGUGAAGGAACUAGGUUAUCCGCUGUCUUCUCUGGUGGAUUUCCCGGCAUAUCUUGCUAUGAGCCUCGAGCUGAUCAAGCUCAGAUUCUCCAUGUACGCUUGGGUCAAAGAAAAAGAAAAGGCGGACCUGAAGUUCACCAUGGGAACCAUACUCGGUAGCCCGAGGAAAUAUUUCGUGAAGAGAUUCGUGAACCGACACCCAGAAGGGCCUAAACAUUGGGCGGAUUUGAAGAAACGGAUUCAAUCUCGAGUAGAUGAACAUCAUGAGGAUACCAAUCAGAAUCAAGAGAACAUCCAGACGUAAAAGCUUCUCUCAUGGAUUUAGCCUAUUUCCUGCAUAAACUAAAGCAGUUCUCAGUUGCAGAACUUCAAUUAGCCCUCGAACAGUUUCAGUGAGGAAAAUCUACUUGCAGAGGGGGUCCUCUUGGUUCAAUAUACAGAACGAAAUUGCUAAACGGUCAAUUCUCUGCUGUGAAGAACAUGCCAAUGUCAUUGCUGUCUUUAAAUGAGGAAGUGCUUCAUUGAAGCGCUUCAGACAGCAUCAAAACUGUGACACUUUUAGGUUUCUGCAGCAUUGAGGUCUUCCAUCAAAUAUGGAGGAGAGAGUCUUCUCGCAUAGCUCCUUCAGCUCCCUCGUCUUUGUUAGGGCAGCUUCCUG